UAUGGCAAAAAUUAUCAGAAUAUGUGAUGAAUUGGAGUAAAGAAUUUAGAUUAAGAAACAAACCAUUUGUUGAAGAAUUGUUGAAUUCAAGUCAUGUUUCAGAAAGUUGUUCAAAGAGUAUAUUCUCAACAUUGGAUGGCAUCGAAAGACUGGACGACUGGUCCAUACAAAUGAUCAAUUCGUGGGCAGAUUUCCCACCAAAAGGAUUAUUUGAAGGAAGUCUUACGGACUUUGGAUCCUAUGAUCAGUGUUUGUCAAUCAUUGACAACCAUAUGAUAGGUUCGGCUCAGUAUUGUUCCCUGGAUUUGGUUCCCUAUAUUCCCCGACCAAUGCCUAAACAACACAAUUUGUUUCACAAAAUCCCAAAUCUAUUACCCAUUGAUAUAAUACAAAACAAAUCCAAUGCAUUGAAUAUAAUGGCAACUGAGGCCUCAUUUUUUUAUUGGAUGUCAUUUCGGACCGGCGUUUGUGUACCGAAUAAAUGCUCACUAAAUGAUGUGAAAUCAAUCGGACAAUUAGUUUCAGACAAGUUUGGACUCGAGUUAAAGGCAGUGAAAUGUGAAAUCAAAGCAAACAUAUUAAUCAAUUCAAAACAAUUGUUUGCAAUCGGAAUUCUCACUAAUUAUAUCGCACUGUCGGUAACCAAAGGCGAUGUCAAGAGAUUCAAUGUUGUGCUAUAUAUUGUGUUACGUUUGGCCCGACUUUUGCCACAAUUAAUGAUAUUUAUAUUAUUGACAUUUUUGUUGCCACUGUUGGGUUCGGGCCCUCUUUGGGCUGAAGUGGUCGGC